AAUUCUACUACUAGUACAGUUGCUGUGGAACAAUCCGAGUACCGUACUACGGUACUCACCGGCCAGUUGUAGUUUCUUCUCAUCUUCAUUGCGCGUGUACCAAUAUUUUUCGUACUCGGAGACCGACUUGAGUUGCUCGAAGCCAUUUCGAUGGAGGCGAAGCCGAGGCCCGUACGUUGUUGUUUUCUUUUGAGUUGGUCGGCAUCAAAAUUGCCAUCUCAUUGCCGAGCUGCGGCAAGACAAAAAAGAAAGGUAGGGAUUUCGAUUUGAACAAGAGACACGGAACAAGAACCAAGUUCGGUUCAUCAAUAUGAUCACGUACAACCGGUCCGCAUUCGGGUGGAGACUGAUCUUUCGGGCCCAUGGUUCUGCCGUGUAUCGAUCGGUAUUGCCGUCCAUGAUUUCAGUAUUGGCAUACUUUCUAUACCAUAAGUACAACACCGAAUACGCUGGAUUUGCUGCUGAUGACGUUCUCCAUCCAUACGCCAUCGGUGUUUUGGUUUCCAGUUCCACCUUUCUGAUCAUCUUCAAGCUAAGCCAAUCCUACAAUCGAUACUGGGAAGCUUGUAGUUCAACUUAUCAGUUCAUGUCGAAAUGGUUGGAUGCAACAUCACACACUUGCUGCUACCACAUGCAAUGCGACCAUUAUAAUGACAUUAAGCCGCCUUCCUUUUACGAUUACCCCGAGCUCAAUCAUUUGAACAUGACUCGGGAUCGUGAGCGUUCGCACACACAUUCUAUUCACGAUGUAGAUGACGAAGAGACCAAGGACGACAACAACGUGGGGUUGAGAAAUCGAAAACAAAGUCAAACUCAAACAUCAGCACCUACGGAGAAUUACCCCCCAAUGCCAUCCCGUAAAAUGUUCUCGGCUAGAUCAUUGAGUGGCUCCAUACGAAGCGAUGCUUCCAGUGGAGAAUAUGGCCGAAAUGCGCCAAAAGACUUGAAGGGGCGUAGCACCGAGGAAAAAAGCAAAGAAUACAAGGCGCGAGCAGUUGCUAAGUCAAUUAACAAGACAUCUAGUCACCGUUCCUUGCCACGCGCAGAAUCGAGACGAGCAUGGGCCAAAGAGUAUUCGAAGAUGUCUACGUUUUCAGAGAGCAUUCGAACAUUGUACAAUUUGGACGUAUCACGAGACAUGAUGGAUUCAGAGAGUGAUGAAAUUUAUGAGGAAGGAAUUUUUGAUGAGAAAUCAUUGGAACCUAUCCCCCUUGUCGGAAAACCAAGAAUGGAUGGGAACUGGGGGGAGUACUAUAGCAAAAAGAAAAAGAAAAAGCUCAGUACGUUUAUGGACCCCAAUGAUCCCAACAAGAUCGACUCAAAGGGUUUCGCAAGCAUGCAAGGAGGUCGGACACCUCCUCUCUUUAUACAAGAGCUGGCUCACCUGAGCAGCUUGAUGAACGCCGUCGCCUUGGCAACGCUAAGAAAUGACAAGGAAGAAUCCGAAUCACCGCUCUCAAUUUACGAACCGGGCUCCCCAUGGCCUGAAGUCGACCCAAACAACGAAGAAUUGCUCAAGCAGACUGGUUUUAAGGCGUUUUUUACUGCACUGAAAACUUUUUUGGGUGUCGGCCUCAGCAAAGAAGAGCGAAGCGAGCACAAUGCGGCCCAGCCUCUGCCGGUGAUUGGUGGCGUAUCCGAUGCGGAAAUUCAUUUCUUGCAACUUGCUAGGGGGGCAUCGGCAAAGACACAGCUCUGCUUCAACUGGUUGACCGAAUUCAUCAUUCGAGAGCAUUUGGCGGGAACUUUGGGCGAUGUGGGACCGCCGAUUAUAAGUCGUAUCGUUCAAUUUUUGGGUGACGGAAUGAUUUACUACAACCACUCGCGGAAAAUCAUGUUCAUUCCUUUUCCCUUUAACCACGCCCAGCUUUCGGUCAUCUUUGUUCUAUUUAUUAUUAUUGUUGUGCCCUUCUUGAUGCACCAGUAUACCGAUGAACCGGCAGUGGGCGCCCUUCUGACCUUUUUGACCGUCCUAUGUCUUCAAGGAAUCAACGAAGUAGCACGAGAUCUAGAAAACCCAUUUCGUAACUUCCCAAACGAGUUGCCACUGGUCACUUUCCAGGCUCAAUACAACGAAGCCCUCAUAACCAUGUAUGCUGGGUAUCAUCCCGAUUUUUUCUGGAACGGUGACCAGGUGUUGCGAAUGACUCAAUCAAAGUCCAAGAAACAGGGAUUAUCGAAACCCAAUGGAUCCAAAUCGUUGAGCGGCAGCAAUGGCUCCUUGCAAUCCAUCGAUUCCGGGUUUUCGUUCGCUGGCGAAAACACACCACCGACAUCAGUGAAUGCUCCUGCUCCUGUUACCAAUUCACUUGGCAACGACUCGACAGAGGUGGCAUUCAUGAAACGCGAGCUUGAAAUGCAAGCGAAAUUAAUCGAACAGCUCUUCGCAAAGGUAGGAUCUACUGGGUCGUCAUUUGACGAACUUUUGCCUAGGGCUGGAGCAACUGGUCUUCACGAGAAGGAUGGUGCCCCUGCUAAGAAGUAGAAAAUCUGCAAAUUCUCUCGUCGAUGGAUAACCAAUUUUUAACAGACAGAUGGAUAAUGGCGAAACAAACGACUUAGUUAUAU